GAGAGAACGUGCUCCGCGAGUAACGAACGCGUUUGGGGGCAAACAGCCAUCACCAACCGGGUAUACCCAACAGCAGUACAAAUUCAUCAACCGGCGUGUGUGAAGUGCAGUGUUGUGCAGUGCGGCCAUUGGUGACACGUAGAUAAGUUCACUAUCACCGGCGACAGGGUGACAGGGAAAUUUCUGGAAAAUUCUACCCCAAUACUACACCGCGUGUAAGCGCCCUUGCCUGUGUGCAAUCGGAAAGAAUGCGACGAUUCACGACCAGUUUGCUGCUGGUGGUUGCCUUGACCGUGACCGCCACCGUCGCCUAUCCAGCGAGCUACGAGAAGGAGAAGGAAUCCGACACAUCGGAAGAUGCUGAGUAUAUCGUCGUGCCGUUGGCGCAACACCGUCCGACGUACUACAACCGGUAUCCGUCGUCGUUUGAAGGCUUCGAUGGUGUAGUGGAUACGGGCGAUUUCGCACCAAUUCCGGCUAGACCCGUGUACUUCCCAACGUACAAUCCGUUCUCGUGGCAUCUUUCGGGAUAUCUGGAUGAUCUUCUGAAACGUGUGCGAGAUCGUUUCUCCGGAUCGUGGAAUCCGUUCUAUGGUGGUGAUUUCGUCCCAUCCGGACCAGGAGUAUGGCCGGCGGAGAUUCCGGACGACUCAUCGGAAGACGGCGUUACUAACUCUACCUCUACUGUGAAGGUCAUCGAUGGACACAAGGUUGUGAUUAAUGAUACGUACUACACCAAGAAGACGGAGUUCGGUACAUCGAUCUUCAAGGUGCGUGUCAUUGACGUGAAGCCCACGGACGACAGCACAGAGGUGGCUACUACCCCGAAAGCUCCAACUGAUGUUGAGGUCGGCAAUCGUAAUGGUGCGGAUGGAGAGUCGGAUAAGAAACCAGACGCACCGUCGACUGAUGCACCGAAACGAGAUACCGAGCUAGAAUCGAGUGAUGAAGAGAAGACUACCGCAGAUGAUGAUAAUCUGAACACGAUCGAUACGUCCGACGUGGACAUCGAUGAGGCGAAGGAGAAUGGAAAGGAAGCACCAGUGGACAAGCAGGAGUUCUCCAAACAGUGGUCAGGGCUGGAAUCGUUCGAAGCGGCAUCACACCCAUUGGAAGAUCUAGUGGCAGGAUCACCCGAGAUGGCCGUUCAACGUAACCGUGGCAACAGCGAACUGCUCGAAUCGAGCUCGGAGGAGGAAUCGGAAGUAAACGUGCAACGGCAGCCGGUGUCAGACGAAUGGCCUAAGCAGGACGAUCGUAAGCGGAUCAUUGUAUCGAACAGGUUUGAUAACAGAUUCAACGCAAACCAGGAAAGACCAGUUGGUGAUGUGCCCGCAUCAACCGGGCACGAUCUUUCCAACGACAUCGCCAUCAACUUUCGGCUGGCGGCGGAUAAAAGUGUAACGGCAAACCCGAACGCAAUUACGUUCAAUCCGAUGAAUCCACCCUCCGUUAUUGUCCAGCGGGAUCCGUUUCCCACGGCGGGUCCGGGAAGAUUUCCAACCGUACCAGGUCGCCCAACGAUGGGAUUUCCCUCCCAGCAACCGGUUGGUGGAGUUGGCUAUCCCGCGGUAGGACCGUUUCCAGGCUUUCCCGGAUCGGUUGGUUUCCCGGGUGGUCAAUAUCCGUUGCAACCGUUUCCCAUGCAACCGCCGCUGUUCGGUGUUCCGCAGGGCACAAACUUUGGACUGGCAGCUCAGAACCCACAGGUACCGCCGUUCUUCUUCGGCAAUGGUCAGUUCCGGCGGACUUAAACAGGAUGUCCGGGGGUUAGAAAAAAAAAUCUUCCAACCAGAGGCGGACAAGCAGACGUUGGAGAGCAACAACUAGUACGUAAAAGUUGCUCAUUUAUUUAUUGAUCUAAAUUAUUUUACUCAAGCGAAAAGGUUCGUGUGGCCUUCUCGCACAGCUACACACCGAACUAUAUACUAGAUCUAUUGUUAAGGACAGAAUUGACAGGAGAGUGGGACCGAUGAAGUAGACCAAUCCCGGGGAGAGUUUUCACUAAUACCAAAGAAGUUUCCCCGUGCUGCAAGCGUUAAAUGUCGAAUGUAAGAACUUUGGAAAGAAUCAAAACUUCUUGCACCUCCCAUAUUUCCCAGUCCGGGCUUGGAGAAAUUGGUGGAAAUGCAUGGAGCGAACCGCGCCACACAUGUGUAGUUGGGCCCGGGCGCAAACAAGGGCACACAACGCAAGGGUCGAAAAAACGGGAGAUUUUAUUCUUCAUUGGAAAAUAAUUUAUUUACAACAGUUUCGGACAUACUUCCGUUCCGUGUGGCUUAAAACUUUUCCAUCAACCGAAAGUGAUUGGUGUAGCGGAUUGGAGCAGGGUUGGGACCGGCCUUCAUGCAUUGAUGGGUGACUGGAAGCAUCAGCACAGCCGGGGCCAAUGGAAGUUUUCUAUAAAUCCUUCCUUUCGGAAAGUAUCGAAGUUUGGAAUAGUUUGUUUUCGUACUCCCUUCCGUUACUCGAUUGCCUGUCCGCAUUAUGGAAGGAUUAGUGAAGAAUCGACCAACUGAUGGUGCAAUGCGUUGGAAGGGAAGCUAUUGGACGGAGUGGGGAUGAAGUUUUCGCGCGGAGAAAUUCUCGUUCGAAUAAAGCCAAUAGGCGGAAGCAAGUUUAAUACAAAAUAUUCGGCCAAGUGGUUCAAUUUGUCUUAAUAUUUCCGUACAAGAAGCGUCAGAACGACCAGCAGCACAUCCAAUUCGCAACACAUUAAUUAAGUAAAUGGCAUCGAGCUGAUCUGCAAACCGGUCCACAGUAGUAGUGGAUGAGACGUAAAAGCCCCUUAAAAGCGAGUUUUUUUGUGCACAGGUAAAGGUAGACUAAUUAAUUUGUGCAUUGUCUGACAAAUGGCGUAAGAUUUGAGAAGGAGUAAAACUCAUUGCACCGAGUACGAACCGCCACGGUACACAGAAGCGUAGUGAAGGUUUUCCUUCCGUAUCCCGGGCGUUAUAGCAAAUGGAUGUAAAGAGACGCAAAGAGCAAACAAUUCAAUAAAUCUAGUCUUCCUUGGCAGAUCCUGGCAAUGGUACGGAGAGAGAAACAAGAAGGAUUUUAAUUUAAGAAAAUCUUUUUUCACGUAUGCCGCUGGUUGGGGCAGAAAUUUAAGAAAUCCGAAAUUGGGAAGAAGCUAUUGGGAAGUCGUUCCUGUGUUUGUUUGGACAUUAAAUGGCAAGGCAGCAGAGAAAAGAAUUUACCCCCAUUUUACCCCGAACAGGAUGGUUGAAAAUAAGGUUUUAAUUAACACUUUCAAAAAUUAAUUUAUUUCCACCAUGUUUGCCCGAACGCUUAUCCACCUCCCGGUGCGAAAGAAUGGAAGGAUAAUCCUUCCAAGGAAAUUACUCUUCCUUAACUGCAGCGGCAGACAAAUAGAGGACGCUGAGCGAGUAACAAGUUCGAUCUGAUACAUUCUUAGAGCUAAAUCCAUGCUGGUCAAUAGAGCGUCGGUUCCGGGUGCCCUACGGGUGGUAAAGCAAACACAAAAAGGCAAUGCAAAGGUUUGGGUUUUUACCUUCUGUAUGCUUUUCCACCAGAUUGAUCCCGUUUGCCAUUCGAGGUGCAAUCGAGCACGGGUGUUUGAGUUUUGUUUCAUUGCAGGGUGUCUGUGAAUGUGUGUAAGGAGUAGUUUGUUUUCAUCAAAUAAGAAUUUAGCUGCUUUCAAUUACAAUUUAAAUGCAAUCAUAGAAGAAUGCUACAUUUUUAAUACAAACUGUACAAUUGGUCUU